UGUAAUAAAGCUUAACCUAAUAUCUCCACGUUUCUAUGAGUUAUUUUUAUCAAAUAAAUAAAAUAAAUAAAUAAAACAUACUAGUAAUUGGACCAAAUGUGAAGCCGAAGGAACCAAAGCAAGGAUUGGAGAAGCCAGUCUCAAAGCCAAAAUCCAAGUCCUGGUGAAGAGCUCUGAUGAAUAGCAACGGGGACAAGGAUGAGGAGCGCUCAACCCCUCAUCUUUGCCAUUCUUGUCUUGAUUUCUGUAUGGAGAGCCAGAGCUCGUUUUUUUUCUGAGGUUCAAGAGGAGGACAGGGUUGUUGAUCUGCCUGGCGAGCCCAAUGUGAAUUUUGCGCAUUAUUCUGGGUAUGUGACUGUCAACAAGGAGUCUGGGAGGAGUCUCUUCUUUUGGUUCUUUGAGGCCGUUGAUAAGCCGGAGGAAAAACCCUUGCUUCUCUGGCUUAAUGGAGGGCCUGGGUGUUCUUCAAUUGGUUACGGGCUGGCUGAGGAGAUAGGACCUUUUCAUGUGAAUGCGGAUGGACAAAGCCUCUAUUUGAACCCGUACUCCUGGAAUCAAGUGGCCAAUAUCUUGUUUCUCGAUUCACCUGCUGGUGUUGGGUUUUCCUACACAAACAAUUCUCAAGAUAUUUUGAACAAUGGGGAUGAAAGAACGGCCAAUGAUUCCUUGGUAUUUCUGACGAAGUGGUUUAAGCGAUAUCCUCAAUACAAGGGUCGGGAUUUUUAUAUAUCUGGAGAGAGUUAUGCAGGACAUUAUGUUCCGCAGUUGGCUCAAGUUAUUGUCAGAUAUAAUAAUGCAACAGGAGAUAAAUCAAUUAACUUAAAAGGAUAUAUGGUGGGGAAUGCUCUAACUGAUGAUUAUCAUGAUCGUGUUGGACUUUUCCAAUUUAUGUGGUCUGUUGGAUUGAUAUCAGACCAAACAUACAAGAAUCUGACUGUCCUCUGUGACUUCCAGUCAUUUAUCCAUCCAUCAUCAGAAUGUGAAAAGAUUCUUCAGGUUGCUUAUGGAGAAUUUGGUAACAUAGAUCCAUAUAGCAUCUUUACUCCACCCUGCACAGCAAAUGCCGCAUUCUCAAAGAAUAAGCUAUUGAAGAGACUCCGGUUACUUGGAAGAUUGAACGAAAACUAUGACCCCUGUGCUUUGGAACAUUCGACUGUUUAUUUUAACCUGCCUCACGUUCAGAAAGCAAUUCAUGUGAAUCCAGCAUUUGCACCAUCCAAAUGGGAACCGUGCAGUGCUACUAUCAAUGAAAAUUGGAAGGACUCUCCGAGUUCCAUGCUUCCUAUUUACCAUGAGCUUAUAAACCAAGGGCUUCGCAUUUGGAUCUUCAGUGGAAAUACAGAUGCAGUACUUCCAGUUACAGGGACCCGAUACAAUGUUGAGGCUUUGAAGCUUCCAACUGUGAUUCCAUGGUAUGCUUGGUAUGAUGACGGACAGGUCGGUGGAUGGACACAAGUGUACGAAGGACUGACAUUUGUGAUUGUAAGGGGAGCCGGUCAUGAGGUUCCACUGCAUCGACCAAAACAAGGUCUUCUUCUCUUCAAAUCAUUUCUGGCAGGUAGUCCAAUGCCUACCGUCAAGCAGAUCAACAACCCGUAAAGUUCAUCGGUUUGAACCUUGUAGUUCAUGUUUGUGUUGUUGUUUCGGAUGAAUAAAUUUCUUGAUUUUUAAACUUGUGAUUUUAAUUCAGACCUGUAUGUUACGAUGCCUGAACUAUCGUACUUUAUCUAGCAUUUUGAAGCUGGGAUUAAUUGGUUAGCUUCUUAACCUA